AUGGAUCCAAUCAAGUAUGUGUUUGAAAGUCCAUAUCUACCAGGGAGAAUAGCCAAAUGGCAAGUUAUACUAUCUCAAUAUGAUAUCGUCUAUAUGACCAGAAAGGCAAUAAAGGGAAGUGUUAUAGCAGAUCUCUUAGCAGAAAAUCUAAUCGAGGAAUAUGAAGCUUUGGAUUUUGAAUUCCUAGAUGAGUAUGUAAAUACAGUAGAGGAAGAAAUAGGAGAGCAGAGUGAUGUCUGGCAAAUGUAUUUUGAUGGGGCAAUCAAUGUAUCAGGUAAUGGAAUCGGAUCAGUCUUGGUAUCUCCAGAUGGAAAACAUUUCCCAAUUGCAGUAAAGUUAAAAUUUGAAUGUAUAAACAAUAUCACUGAAUAUGAAGCUUGUGUGAGUGGUUUACAAGCAGCCAUUAAAAUGAAAAUCAAGAAGUUAGAAGUAUAUGGCGAUUCAGCUUUAAUAAUUUAUCAAGUGAAAGGGGAAUGGCAGACUUGA